AUGCAGUUCGUCACAGCAAAGGAAUCCAGACCUCUCCCCUCCUCAAGGAUCCAGCCCGUCCACAUCCAAACCAACAACCUCAACCGCAACAACAACAACAACAACAUCCACAACAACAACGUCCACAACAACAACGUCCACAACAACAACGUCCACAACAACAACGUCCACAACAACAACAUCAACAACAGCAACUUCAACAACAACAACAACAAAAAAGUAGCCUUCCAACUCCCAAGAGGCACCAUGUUGAGACGCGCCAACGGAUACUUUGACUUCCAGCCCAUGACUCCUCCAAGGCAGCAGCAACAGCAGCAGCAGCAGUUGCCUCCUUUCGGAAAGGGGUUCCAAACUAUUGAGCGCCAUGUGGAUGAGGGUCUUCAGUUCGAAACUGAGGAGACCUUGAGUGCUAUGAUUAAGGCCGAUAUUGUUACGCUCUGUCAGGAGAGAGGUCUUCCCUCGGAGGGCGACAAGAAGGAGUUGGUCAAGAACCUCAUGAACUGGAAAAACGCAAAGCCCGUACCUGGCCCUACUACACCUCAGCUAUGCUCGCUCGAGCCCGUGAUCUCGGUCCAAAAGAAGCCCCUCAACACCAUCUACCUCAACUCUCUCCUAAAGGAGGCCAACUUCCAAAGCGAGAUCACAUACGACCAGCUCAAGAUUGGACGCAAGCUGGGUUCUGGUGGGUUCAAGGAUUGCUAUGCCGGCAUCUACAAAGGGGAGGAUGUCGCGAUUGGAGAACUGCGGGUCCAGAACUUCUCGGAGCUAGAUAUCACCGAGAUGAAGCAUGAGAUCGAUGUGCUGAAGCAACUUCGCCACGAUAACAUUGUUCGCUUUGUCGGUGUCUGCACCAGUGUCAGACAUCUCUGCAUUGUCACCGAGCUCUGUGAGAACGGCGACCUCUACGAUUAUAUGCGCAAGGUCCGCAAGCCAUCCUUUGGCCGCCUGAUCUCAUACAUGCACGACAUUGCUUUUGCAACUUCAUAUAUGCACAGUCGGAGGCCCAGCAUCAUCCACAGAGACAUGAAGUCGAUGAAUGUCCUGAUCACGACGGACAACAGGGCAAAGAUCAAUGACUUUGGACUGGCAAGAAUCAGGACCAAAGCCAACGCAUCGAUGCACACCCAGUGCGGCACCCCCAACUGGCAGGCCCCAGAGUUCUGGAGCCCCAAUCCCCGUUACACCGAGAAGGUUGAUGUCUAUGCCUGCGGUCUUAUUUUCUGGGAGAUCUUGUCCUGGGCUGAACAGGGGUACCCAUACUACAACUUGACGGAACAUCAGCUGUAUGAGGCGGUGAGGGACAAGGAGGUCAGACCCCCGAUGGAUAAGUUGAGAAAGUACCCCCAGUCGCUGUUGUCGUUGAUCCAGGAUAUGUGGAGGAAGGAUCCUAAAAAGAGACCUUCGAUGUCGUAUGUGGUCGAGCGACUGGCCGAGUACCUCCAGUGA